AUGGCUCUUGCUCGUCACAUUGAUCCGGACGAUCUCGUCCAACGGAUCCACGAUGCACACCUGACUGAGGGCGGGCAGAGCAUCCGUUCUCAAAUGGCCGUCUCCCAUUUGACGCCCUAUUCGUCCCAGUAUGCGGCACGGGUCGACGUGCCCAAAUACAAGCUGCCCGAGGAGGGUGCUCCCGCAGAUGCAGUAUAUGAGCUCCUGCGCGAUGAGCUGGAUCUCGACGGCAAGCCCAAUCUCAAUCUGGCCAGUUUCGUGGGCACCUACAUGGAGGACAAGGCCCGCCAGCUCGUCAUCGAAAACCUCGCAAAGAACCUGUCCGACAACGACGAGUACCCAGCAAUGAUGGCCAUCCACGAGCGAUGUAUCAGCAUCAUCGCACACAUGUGGGGAGUGCAGAAAGGCGAGAAGGCCAUAGGAUCUGCGACCACGGGCUCGUCUGAGGCCAUCCACCUCGGUGGCCUGGCCAUGAAGCGGCGCUGGCAGGAGGCUCGCCAGGCGGCGGGCAAGGACACGCUCAAACCCAACAUCAUCAUGGGCGCAAACGCCCAGGUCGCGCUGGAGAAGUUUGCCCGCUACUUUGACGUCGAGGCUCGCAUCCUGCCCGUAUCCAAGGAGAGCCACUACCGCCUGGAUCCGGAGCUCGUCAAGCAGAACAUUGACGAGAACACUAUUGGUGUCUUUGUUAUCCUCGGCAGCACAUACACUGGUCACUAUGAGCCUGUCGAGGAGAUCUCGAAGAUUCUCGAUGAGUUCCAGGAGAAGACUGGUCAUGACAUUCCGAUUCACGUCGAUGCCGCCUCGGGCGGCUUUGUAGCUCCUUUUACUUAUGCUCAAGUCGGAGGUCCAAAGUGGAAUUUUGAGCUCCCUCGUGUGAAAUCUAUCAACACCUCCGGGCACAAAUUUGGUUUGGUCUAUGCUGGUGUCGGCUGGAUCAUUUGGCGAGACCAGAGUUAUUUGCCAAAGCACCUCAUCUUCGAGCUUCACUACCUCGGUGGCACGGAGGAGUCCUUCACGCUCAACUUCUCACGGCCUGGCGCCCAGGUCAUCGGCCAGUACUACAACCUGAUCCAUCUCGGCUUCAAUGGUUAUCGCGAGGUCAUGGAGAACUGCCUCAAGAACGCCCGCGUGCUGUCCAAGAGCCUCGAGGCCACAGGGUGGUACACCUGUGUUUCGGACAUCCACCGUCCAGCCCCGAAGCCCGAUUCCUCCGCCUCCAACGCCGCCUCGUCCGUCCUCAAAGAGGCAAAGGACAAGAUUCUUGGCGAGCAAGAGGGCGAGACAUCAGCAGACUACGUGGCGGGCCUGCCAGUCGUGUCGUUCCGCUUCAGCGACAAGUUCAAGGCCGAGUACCCGCAUAUCAAGCAGGAGCCUGUGUCGCUGCUCAUGCGGGCGCGGCAGUGGAUCAUCCCCAACUACGCACUGCCUCCCACCGAAGAAAAGACCGAGAUUCUUCGCGUUGUGGUCCGUGAGAGCAUGAGCUUCGACCUGUUGGACCGGCUCAUCUCCGACCUUGUCAGCGUCACGCAGACACUCAUGGAGCACGACGCCAUUGAUCUGGACAUCCUGCAGGGCACACAACCGCCGGGCUUGACAAACCCGGUCAAGGACCAUGACAAGAGGAAGAAGCACCCGCACCACGGCACCAAGCACACGGGGCCUCGAUUGGCUGAUGGCAUUCACCGGGCUGUGUGCUAA